AUGUUUCAACAGCAACAACAAAUGGCAGCUGGAGGCAGCCAGCAAAUGAUGAUGAUGGGCACUCCAGGCCAACAGCUGCAACAAAUGCAGCAACCAACCAUUCAACUUCAGCAAUAUGUACAUGCAUCAGGCAUUGUUCCUAUACUACAAAAUAUCGUCGCAACUGUCAAUCUCGAAGCUCGUCUCGACUUGAAAAACAUUGCAUUGCAUGCUCGAAAUGCUGAAUACAACCCAAAGCGAUUCGCUGCUGUCAUCAUGAGGAUUCGAGAACCAAAAACAACUGCUCUCAUAUUCGCUUCUGGAAAAAUGGUCGUCACUGGUGCUAAAUCUGAAGAACAAGCUCGACUGGCUGCUCGAAAAUAUGCUCGAAUCAUACAAAAGUUGGGCUUCAAUGCUAAAUUCUCGGAUUUCAAAAUACAAAACAUUGUCGGCUCUUGUGAUGUCAAAUUCCCCAUACGGCUAGAAGGUCUAGCUAGCGACCACAGUGCUUUUGCAAACUAUGAACCCGAACUCUUUCCUGGUUUGAUUUAUCGAAUGGUGGAUCCAAAAGUCGUCUUGCUCAUUUUCGUCUCUGGCAAAGUUGUUUUGACUGGUGCAAAGACCCGCGAACAUAUUUAUGAUGCAUUUGAAAAGAUAUUUCCCGUCCUCUCCAUGUACAAGAAGGAGUAA